CAGAUAUCCAAUGGCCUGAAUAUGGGCUUUCGCCUGAGGCCCACGAUUUGAUCAACAAACUGCUUAGCAGAGACCCCUCGCAUCGGCCAUCUCCUACAGAACUGAAGGCUCACCCAUUCUUCCGUGGAGUCGAUUGGGAUAAUAUUAGAAAUCAAGAAGCCCCGUUCAUCCCCGCACCAAACGACAAUAUGGACACUAGUUAUUUUGAUGGUACUAUUAUGAAAAAAUGAAAUAGCCGGAAUAAGCUAGAAAGCUUAUUCCUCUUGUACUGAUAUUAUCUUUUUGACAUCUAUUAAUGUAACUUAGCAAGGAACGCUAGGCCAGACAUCAGACGGCUAUCAGGCGGAAACAUUGCAGAGAUUUCCUCAGGUCAAGCAGCAGACGGUGACGCUGCCGCUCUCACCAUAUCAGAGACGGCAAGUUUGGAGUCUAGGGUGUCCCAAGGGCAAAUGGAUUCGACUGUGGCCUUGUGUGAGUCACCACUCGUCAUGCCUGAGACAGGGAUACCAUCUACAUCAGGAAUAGGCUUAGAAUUUGCGGCUACAGUCCCUUUAGUGGUAGAUAAAGCUUCCACCCAAAUCACACGCCCUCGGCUAACGAAUCAUGGUCGAUCAAAAUCAGUGUCUAACCGUGUCUCAUUCUCGCCGGGGUUUGGAUCAUCCUCGCUUUCAACACUCUCCUCUUCCACAUCCAUCCACCAAAUAAAGCCGCAGUCCCCUGAACUUACACGUACAAGUAUUGAAAGACCACCAUUCCUUGCAGAGCAGCCUCUUGGAUCCCCGCUUGCAAAGCAGAUCGAGAAUGGGCUAAGGGCACAGCAGCAGUCUUUUGUGUCCUCUAUUCCACCUUCUGAAGGUAAUGGAAACGAGCUCAUGACUGAGUGCCUUACUAUGCAAGGUUGUCAGCGCAUGCUCCCGAGCCAGAAGAGACAGUCAGUUUUGAAAGCCGAUCCAAAUAGCAGCGACCUGAGGACUUCUGCCCAGCGCUCGUUAGGCCCACAUAAUGCUGCAUACAGGUGUGGAAGUGAUGUGACAGAUCUUCGGGAACUUGCACCGAUAGCUGAUAUGUCCACAACGGGCAUGAUAGAACCCUUGCCGCCCUGCAAUGCUGCUGAAAACAGCAUUGUGCCAGUGCAACACCAGCAGCUACGACAGCGUCAGCAAGAGCAGCCAUCAUCCCCUAAUCUUGAUAGCAUCGAUACAAAGCUCCACUAUCGGUCUAGCCAGCAACAAGGCUUUAAAUCGAAUGAGUCGACUUGGGCUCUGCAACUACAUCUACAGCAGCAAGUUGCACAAUCGCAGCCUACGCUGUCGGGCUCACCUUUAGCAGCGCUUAAGGCUGACGAGACCAAUCAAUCUAUGCCUAAUCCACCACAAUAUCAGCUACAUUCAGCCAAUGCUACAAAAAAACGCCUAGGACUGGAUCAUGGGCGUGACGAUAAUACUCGAUCGAGGCCUCAUUCUUGUCGACCAUCGCGUUCCCGAAAUCCUUUACCGGAUCUAGAUCUUCAUCAAGAUGAAAUGGAUCGCGACAUAUUGGACCAGCAACGCCGUGGCGACAAUAGUGGCACUGCAAUGCAGCGAUCCCUGAGUAUUGAUUCAGAGUUCGAAAGCUUUUCAUAUAAGAAUGUGACAUUGCUAAAUGAUGUCAAUAUGGAGGCUAUGAUGAACCAAAGCAAGAGCCUAUCUGGUGCAGCUAUAGCUGUGGCAACAGCAGCGGUACAAGGUAUUGACCUUGAUACGGAAGUGUAUGACAGCCAUGGCACACUGAAUUCGGGGUAUGGUAGUCUGGGAUCUGGUUCGUCAACUCCAGGGACACUCAAAAGCAUGAUUCAGUCACUUAGUGCCGGGGGAAGUAAAUAUUCCAGCAAUUGCGAUACUAAUGCCAUGCCAUCUGGUGGAGCAGUGGGCUCAGUCAUGGCUGGAGGUCCCAGUAUGUCGUUGUCCUCAAGUAUCUUAACUAGCGAGAGUAGUAAAGGAGAGCGCCCUCGAGAGGCUCGACGUGAGAGCAGUGCAGGAUAUCUAUUUGGAUUGGGGUCUUUAACUCGAUCCCGGUCGAAGUCAAGGUCGCGAGCGAGCUCAGCAGCAGCGCCGACAAUGCUAACAACAAUGAGUCACAUAAAUGAAGGAACAUCAUCACUUUCUGCCUCUCCUUUGAUGAAUGCGGGAGGAAAUCAGCCACAACCCCCCCCCAUGACAAUCAACAGCAGCCUUCCAGUAUCAACAGCAACCUUGACACAUCCGCCAUCACAAGUGCAAGCGCCAAUUCGAGCUUCGAUUCCAGUCCAGCCACUAAUGCCGACUACUGCGCCAACAGGCUCAGGACAUACGAUCUUUGGGUUUGGAAAUGGAUCGUUCACCAAAUUGCCGGGAUCAAAAUCCGAAUCCAAAGUAGGAUCAAGAAAUGGAAGUACAGCCAGUUUGGCAGCUCAGUCCAUUGGCCCAGGCGUGCUGUCUAUGAUGUUAAUGCGUGCGAGCCCAGGUGUGACAUCGAGUAGUAGUACCUGUAGUAAUAAUAACAGCAACGGUAAUGGACCUAAGACAGCAACGCCUAUCAAAAAGAGUAGUAGCAGUAGUCUUGGAGCCAGCGCUAGUAAUGAUCGCUCGCAGCGAUAUCAGCAUAGUGCGACCGAAAAGGAGCAACAGGUUCCCAUAAAUUCAAGCAGACGAGGUAGUGCUAUCAGUGCUACCAUAAGUAUGGGAAAUAUCGAAAAGAGUAAGGAUCAUCCGCAGCCCAGCCCUCUGACGAUGAAGCAUGUCAAUAGCAGCAACAGCAGCAUUCUUAUCACCCCAUUGGUAUUAGAGCGGCAUGAAGAUUGGGGCCAAGGCCUGAAGAUGGGCUUGUUGAUAGAGCCCACGCUGCAAACACGAGUCCCAACGCCGACAUCCACACAGGUAGAUACCGUAGCAGACCAUAAUGCACUUGCGGAACCAGACGGCUCAAGCGAAGAAACCAGUGAAAGGUGCCAUUAAUAGAACGAGAUCUUCGAUUUAUAAAUCUUUUAUAUAUUAAAAAAAGACGAAAAAAUCAGAUGGCUGUCUCAAGAGGAGUGGCUUCAUUGAUACCAUAAAUAAACAAAC